AUGUCAGCCCACAGAGCAGAGGACAACCAAGUUAUUUAUCCUGUUGUGGUCAUCAAAGUCGAUGGGAUAAAGACACAAGCGCUACUCGACACUGGCUCGGGGAGCUGCUAUGCUUCAGCCAAACUUAUAGACGCUCUGAACAAGAAACCGAAGGAGAUCCAAACAAAACGGAUUGAAAUGAUACUCGGCUCAACAACAACCAGAGUUGAAAUCUACCCUGCAACUAUCAAGGGAGCUGAUGGUCAGUUUACAAUGGAAGUCGAACUAUCGAAAGUCCAUAAGCCAGCCACAUCUGAUGGAAACACAUCUGAACGCCACAUCUGA